GGUCAGGAGGUGUGGGGCGGUGGGGACCGACAGACGGACACAGGAAGGGGGAUUCGGGCCGCCCCCGCAGAGUCUCGGCCCUCCCCCCGCCCCCCCCCGCAGAUCCCCGCGGCCGCCAUGACCUUCGUGGAGCUGCUGGCCCUGCUGGGCGGGAUGGGCCGCUUCCAGGUGCGCUACGUGGCCGCUUUGGCCGCCCCACUGCUGAUGUUGGCCAGCCAUAACCUCCUGCAGAACUUCACCGCCGGCGUCCCCGACCACCACUGCCGGCCCCGCGCCGUCACCAACGCCACCGCCAUGGCCGACGUCCCCCUGGUCGUCACCAUCCCCUCCGACGGCCAACGGAGACCGCAGCGCUGCCGGCGUUACGUGGAGCCCCAAUGGCACCUCCUGGACGUCAAUGGGACGGGCGGCGGCUACGGGGUGGGCGGCGGCUAUGGGGUGGCCAAAGCCAAUGGGGUGGCCAACGGCAGCGGGAUGGCCAACGUCGGCAUCAGUGGGGUGACCAGCACCAAUGGGAUGGCCAACGUCGGCAUCUAUGGGGUGACCGGCACCAAUGGGAUGGCCAAAGCCAAUGGGAUGGAUGACGUCAAUGGGAUGGCCAACGUCAAAGGGAUGGAUGAUGACGUCAAAGGGAUGGCCAACCCCAAAGGGAUGGAUGGUGACGUCAAAGGGAUGGCCAACCCCAAAGGGACGGCCGACGCCAACGCCAACUAUGGGAUGGGUGACGGCGGGGCGGCCACCGAGCCGUGUCGCGACGGUUGGGUCUAUCACGACGGCGUCUUCGCUCACACCAUCAUCAGUGAGUGGGACCUGGUGUGCGAGGCGAAGACGCUGCGGCAGUUGGCGCAGUCCAUCUACAUGGCGGGGAUCCUGCUGGGAUCCGGAGUCGUCGGGAUCCUCUCCGACAAGUUGGGCCGCCGGCUGCUGCUCUCGUGGUGUUACCUGCAGUUGGGGGCCGCGGGGGUGGGCACAGCGGUCGCCCCCACCUUCAUCAUUUACUGCAUCUGCCGCUUCCUGGGGGGGGUCGCCAUGGCGGGGGUGUCCCUCAACUCUGCGUCCCUCUGCAUGGAGUGGAUCCCCACGUCGGCCCGCGCGGCGGUGGGGACGCUGAACGGUUACAGCUACACGGCGGGGCAGUUCCUGUUGGCCGCCGUCGCCUUCGCGCUGCCCCGAUGGCGGCAGCUGCAGCUCGCCGUGUCGGCGCCCUUCUUCCUCUUCUUCCUCUACUCAUGGUUCUUUGUGGAGUCGGCGCGCUGGCAGCUCAUCUCCGGCCGCGCUGAUUUGGCUCUGAAAGGGCUGCGCAGAGUGGCCCGAAUCAAUGGCAGGAAGGAGGAGGGGGAGAAACUCAGCGAGGAGACACUGCGGGCAAUGGUGUGCCGGGAGGAGCCGAUGCCCGGGGGGGCUCUGCCUGCCCUCGUCCGCACCCCCGGGAUGAGGAUUGUGUCCUGCGGCGUCUGCUUCGUCUGGUUCUCCACCAGCUUUGCCUAUUAUGGGCUGGCCAUGGACCUGCAGGGCUUUGGGGUGGACGUCUACCUGAGCCAACUGAUUUUUGCCGCGGUGGACAUCCCGGCCAAAUUGGUGUCGGUGGUGGUGAUCAGUGGGGCCGGACGGCGCGUGGCGCAGGCGGCGGCUUUGGGGCUGGCUGGGAUCUGCAUCCUCGCCAACGCCAUCGUGCCAAUGGAGCUGCGCGUGCCGCGGAUGGCGCUGGCGGUGGUGGGGAAGGGCGCGUUGGCCGCAUCCUUCAACUGCGCCUACAUCUUCACCGGGGAGCUCUUCCCCACCGCCAUCAGGCAGACGGGGAUGGGGCUGGGGGGCAGCAUGGCUCGGGUAGGCAGCAUGGUGGCCCCAUUGGUGCGGAUGGGGGCCGACGUGGCCCCACUGCUGCCCCCCAUCGUCUAUGGGGCGGCCCCCAUCGUGGCGGCCAUCGCUGCUCUUUUCCUCCCUGAAACACGCAACGCUCCGCUGCCCGAAACUGUGGAGGACGUGGAGAGGCGCGCGGGCUACCGGAAGGACGAUGACGUCACCAUCCCCCUGAGCGCCACCAGGACCCAGGACAGCGCCUGAGGGGUCACGGUGGGGUCAUUUCCGGGGUCACGACCCCGGAAGUGACCCCAGAAGCGCCUCCACCGCCCCCCCAUCCAAAUCCUAUUUAUUUCCCCCAAUAAAACCUUUGCUCCAAUUGGA